GAUAAACAUGUCACAUCAGGAUGGAAUAUCAGAAACUGUAAAAGAUGAAGUGAAGACCGAGAUUCUGGACCAUGUUAUCAAGAAGGAGAUAAAGACUGAACUACAGGAAGUCAACGGAAAGUCACAUGGUUUUGUUUGUCCCACAUGUAAAGCUCAUUUCCUUAACGAUGAGUACUUUAUUGAACAUAUUCGAAAACACCAUGACUCUGAGCAUUUUGCUGAUAAAAAUAUAACUUCUAAUGAGCCAACAAAUUCUUCUGGGAUAUCACAAAAAGAAAACAGUUCUAAAAAUACACCACAUGAAAGUAAACCUUUUAAAUGUGAUCUUUGUUCCUUUUGUUGCUCCUACAAAUCUGAAUUUUUGAAACAUCGGAGAGUUCAUUCUAAAGAAAAACCUUUCAAGUGUGAACAGUGCUCAUAUGCUUAUUUUGAAAAAUGUGAUCUUGUUAAACAUCGGCGAAUUCACACAGGGGAGAGACCCUAUAAGUGCAAGGAAUGCUCAUAUGCUUGUUCUGAAAAAGGUAAUUUAGUUAAGCAUCAGAGAAUUCACACAGGGGAGAAAUCCUACAAGUGCAAGGAAUGCUCAUUUGCUAGUUAUUAUAAAGGUAAUCUAGUUGUGCAUCAGCGAACUCACAUAGGGGAGAAACUCAACAAGUGCAAGGAAUGCUCCUAUGCUUGUGUUCGAAAAGCUCAUCUAGUUCAACAUCAGCGUAUUCACACAGGGGAGAAACCCUUCAAAUGCAAGGAAUGCUCCUAUGCUUGUUCUCAAAAUAGUGAUCUUGUUAAACAUCAGCGAAUUCACACAGGGGAGAAACCCUUCAAGUGCAAGGAAUGCUCAUAUGCUUGUUCUCAAAAAAGUGAUCUUGUUAAACAUCAGAGAAUUCACACAGGGGAGAAACCCUUCAAGUGCACAGAAUGCUCCUAUGCUUGUUCUCAAAAAAGUGAUCUUGUUAAACAUCAGCGAAUUCACUCAGGUGAAAAACCCUUCAUAUGCUUGGAAUGCUCAUUUACUUGUUCUCAAAGAGGUAGUUUAGUUAGACAUAAGCUCGUUCACUGUUCACACAGUUGAGAAUCCCUUAAAGUGCAAUGACUUUAAAUUCGCUUACACUUAUAAAUAAAUUCUUGUUAAAUACGAAUGCGAAAAAGUUCACAUCGAGAAGAAACUUUGUAAAAGAAGAGGGGUUUUGUGUCACUAUUAACUUUUAUUAGAUAAUUGAUGCUGAGGGAUGCACAUUUUAUUUCAUCCAAAUUUAAAAGUUUAUUCUAGAGCAACUGCAGACAUGGAAUACUUCUUACGACCUGAUGCUCUGAUGUUAGGACACACGAUUACUGUGUGGCACUUGUAAAAAAAAUGUAUGCCUUUUAAUUUAAAUGUACUGGAAAAUGAACUACUUGUGGCCCUGUGCAGGUGGGCUUUGAAUAAUUAACAGCUUGUGAUGAUAUAAAUAAAUAAAUACAAAGUGGUUUUACUGUUAUUAAAUUUUGAUAUUAAAACUUGACUGUUUUAUAAUUUAUUGGCGGUAUGAUUUGGUAAUCUAGUCUAGAUGAGUUUUUACAAGUGAUUUCUGCACGUAUAUUAAGUAUUUCCAAGGUUUUGGAAUAACUUGAUUAUGCGCAUUUCUGACCAAACCAACUAAUUCACAAAGUUUUCAUUUACAUUUUAUUAAAAGAAGUAUAGAACUGUAACUGUUAUGCCUCUCUUACUUUUAAAAUUACCACGAUCAACUUUCUUAAAAGGUUCUAUACUUCUCCAAAUUCUCACUUGUAUAAAAUUGUACAUAAUUCUGACGAAAUGUGUUGUACCCUCGUAUAUUGACGUGUAACUUCGCGUGUAACUAGGAUAUUUACAGCGGAAUCUCAGGAUUGUUAUGUUUUACCUUACUAAAUACCUGUCAAGCAAUGUUUACUUGGGAAUCUUGUGGAGAUUGUUUAGUUUCAGGAUUAGGUUUUCCUUACCUCUUAAUUAGGUUCACCACCCUUGAGGGGCUUUAUUGGGUUUACUAUCGUGUCACGUGAGCCUAUUGGGUCACGUGAUUAGGUCCUUAUAGACCGCUCCAUUGUUGUAUUCGGGGCCUUUUCGGUUCCACGGAUUUUCAUUUGGAUUAGACUUAUAACUGAGUAUCACUUGUACUAAGACUAGUAAGGUCUAGUUAACUUACUUUAUCUGUCAAAGUGGGUACGUAUUUAUGUAAUUUUCGUAAUAAUUAAAUGGUUACCUUCAUGUCCACAGUUCGAUGUUUUAACCCACCAUACCAAUAUACCAUUCUUUUUACUCAUUAGCUUAUUAUUUAUAUAAGUAUAUACUACAAAAUGUUUGGAUUCUUAGUCCUGAGUAGGGCACUCUAUUAACAGUUUUUGACAGAUUUGAAUGGCCUGCAAAGCAGAUCGAAGCAUCUCUAAAUUAUCUACUAUUUUUAUUGUAUUGCUGUGUAAAUUUUAUUCUAAUUCUAAUUCUAAUUCUAAA